GUUAACCAGGGACAUGUGGUAUAGAUAUAGACACGCUGGUGGGUUAACCAGGUUAACUAGGGACAUGAGGUAUAGGUAUAGACACGCUGGUGGGUUAACCAGGGACAUGAGGUAUAGAUAUAGACACGCUGGUGGGUUAACCAGGUUAACUAGGGACAUGAGGUAUAGGUAUAGACACGCUGGUGGGUUAACCAGGUUAACCAGGGACAUGAGUUAUAGAUAUAGACACGCUGGUGGGUUAACCAGGUUAACCAGGGACAUGAGGUAUAGAUAUAGACACGCUGGUGGGUUAACCAGGUUAACUAGGGACAUGAGGUAUAGAUAUAGACACGCUGGUGGGUUAACCAGGUUAACUAGGGACAUGAGGUAUAGAUAUAGACACGCUGGUGAGUUAACCAGGUUAACCAGGGACAUGAGGUAUAGAUAUAGACACGCUGGUGAGUUAACCAGGUUAACUAGGGACAUGAGGUAUAGAUAUAGACACGCUGGUGAGUUAACCAGGUUAACCAGGGACAUGAGGUAUAGAUAUAGACACGCUGGUGAGUUAACCAGGUUAACUAGGGACAUGAGGUAUAGAUAUAGACACGCUGGUGGGUUAACCAGGUUAACCAGGGACAUGAGGUAUAGAUAUAGACACGCUGGUGAGUUAACCAGGUUAACUAGGGACAUGAGGUAUAGAUAUAGACACGCUGGUGGGUUAACCAGGUUAACUAGGGACAUGAGGUAUAGAUAUAGACACGCUGGUGAGUUAACCAGGUUAACUAGGGACAUGAGGUAUAGGUAUAGACACGCUGGUGGGUUAACCAGGUUAACUAGGGACAUGAGGUAUAGAUAUAGACACGCUGGUGAGUUAACCAGGUUAACUAGGGACAUGAGGUAUAGGUAUAGACACGCUGGUGGGUUAACCAGGUUAACUAGGGACAUGAGGUAUAGGUAUAGACACGCUGGUGAGUUAACCAGGUUAACCAGGGACAUGAGUUAUAGGUAUAGACACGCUGGUGGGUUAACCAGGGACAUGAGUUAUAGGUAUAGACACGCUGGUGGGUUAACUAGGGACAUGAGGUAUAGGUAUAGACACGCUGGUGGGUUAACCAGGUUAACUAGGGACAUGAGGUAUAGAUAUAGACACGCUGGUGGGUUAACCAGGUUAACCAGGGACAUGAGGUAUAGAUAUAGACACGCUGGUGGGUUAACCAGGUUAACUAGGGACAUGAGGUAUAGGUAUAGACACGCUGGUGGGUUAACCAGGUUAACUAGGGACAUGAGGUAUAGAUAUAGACACGCUGGUGGGUUAACCAGGUUAACUAGGGACAUGAGGUAUAGGUAUAGACACGCUGGUGGGUUAACCAGGUUAACUAGGGACAUGAGGUAUAGGUAUAGACACGCUGGUGGGUUAACCAGGUUAACUAGGGACAUGAGGUAUAGAUAUAGACACGCUGGUGGGUUAACCAGGUUAACUAGGGACAUGAGGUAUAGGUAUAGACACGCUGGUGGGUUAACCAGGUUAACUAGGGACAUGAGGUAUAGAUAUAGACACGCUGGUGGGUUAACCAGGUUAACUAGGGACAUGAGGUAUAGGUAUAGACACGCUGGUGGGUUAACCAGGUUAACUAGGGACAUGAGGUAUAGAUAUAGACACGCUGGUGGGUUAACCAGGUUAACUAGGGACAUGAGGUAUAGGUAUAGACACGCUGGUGGGUUAACCAGGUUAACCAGGGACAUGAGUUAUAGAUAUACAUGUAGACAAGCUCACACACCAGCUGCUCUAAAGGGCCCACUCCUCAUGGGUUCAUAGUUUGACCUUUGACCUUUGUUUCGUCCUCAAUAAGACACAGCAUCCAGGUCCUGGUCUGAACCCAUGGAUACUAUUGGCUGCUGGGUUGGGUCCUGGUCUGAACCCACGGAUACUAUUGGCUGCUGGGUUGGGUCCUGGUCUGAACCCACGGAUACUAGUGGCUGCUGGGUUGGGUCCUGGUCUGAACCCACGGAUACUAGUGGCUGCUGGGUUGGGUCCUGGUCUGAACCCACGGAUUGUGAUGUCGUUAUGGGCUAUUGUGAUGUCGUUAUGGGCUAUUGUGAUGUCGUUAUGGGGUAUUGUGACGUCGUUAUGGGGUAUUGUGACGUCGUUAUGGGGUAUUGUGAUGUCGUUAUGGGGUAUUGUGAUGUCGUUAUGGGGUAUUGUGACGUCGUUAUGGGGUAUUGUGAUGUCGUUAUGGGGUAUUGUGAUGUCGUUAUGGGGUAUUGUGAUGUCGUUAUGGGGUAUUGUGAUGUCGUUAUGGGGUAUUGUGAUGUCGUUAUGGGGUAUUGUGACGUCGUUAUGGGGUAUUGUGUGUAGAUUGAUGAGUAUUUUUAUUAUUUUAUUUAAUCCAUAUUAGAAUAAGACUGUAACAAAAUGUGGGUAAAGUCAAGGGUCUGAAAUCUUUCGUAAUGCGUUGUAAAUGAAGGCUAACAUUCAAUCUGGGUGGUGUUAGAUCCACGUUAUAGCAUCCUUAAAGGUAUAUUCAGAUUCAGCCAUCAAUGCGAUCUCAGCAAAACGUUGGGUAAAACGCCCUUUUAAAAAGACACAUUGUGGGCUGUCCAGCACGCUGCUCUAUGAGUUGAAUCCCUGCCUAAAGAUUUAUUAGUGUCCUGUCAACACAACCGCAGUAAACAAUGAACAGACAUGACCAAACAGCCUGCAGCUGAUACCAGUCACUCUACUGGUAUUUCAGAUACAUGGCUUCAUUCUGUUGACGGGGACUAAGCAGCGUUUAGACCUACUGCAACAUUCCAUCCCCUCCGUUCACUUGAGUAGUAUGUGGCUGUGUGUCCCAAACGGCACCCUACUCCCCCACAUAGCAUUCCAUCCCCUCUGUUCACUUGACUAGUAUGUGGCUGUGUGUCCCAAACGGCACCCUACUCCCCUACAUAGCAUUCCAUCCCCUCUGUUCACUUGACUAGUAUGUGGCUGUGUGUCCCAAACGGCACCCUACUCCCCUACAUAGCAUUCCAUCCCCUCCGUUCACUUGAGUAGUAUGUGGCUGUGUGUCCCAAACGGCACCCUACUCCCCCACAUAGCAUUCCAUCCCCUCUGUUCACUUGACUAGUAUGUGGCUGUGUGUCCCAAACGGCACCCUACUCCCCCACAUAGCAUUCCAUCCCCUCCGUUCACUUGAGUAGUAUGUGGCUGUGUGUCCCAAACGGCACCCUACUCCCCACAUAGC